CUACCCACAACAUAACAUGUGGGAAAUAAAUUUCAACAAUUCGUGGCAUGCUACAAAAUGGCGUCUUCUAUGAAUAAAGUUGAGGAUGAAGCCUUUGUUACCCUGGUAACCAACGAUGUUUACAGCUAUGGAGCGUUGGUGUUGGGUCAGUCGUUGCGGGAUGCGGGUACAACAAGACAGCUCGCUAUCAUGGUUACGCCACAAGUUACUCAGGCAAUGAGGAGACAGUUGACCUUCAUCUAUGAUGUCAUCCAGCAGGUGGAUCCACUGGAUAGUCAAGACGCAGCACACCUUGCCCUCCUGACUAGGCCUGAGCUAGGCAUUACCUUCACCAAACUACACUGCUGGCGACUCACACAGUUCAAGAAAUGUGUCUUCCUUGAUGCCGACUGUCUAGUUUUACAAAAUGUAGACGAUCUGUUCGAGAGGGAGGAACUGUCAGCGGCACCAGAUGUCGGCUGGCCAGAUUGCUUUAACUCUGGUGUCUUUGUCUUCCGUCCAUCUGAAGAAACGUACCAAGGACUUCUACAGUGUGCUGUGGGACAGGGCAGCUUUGAUGGUGGAGACCAGGGCUUGCUAAACACAUUCUUCAAUACUUGGGCAACAGCAGAUAUCAAACGUCACCUACCCUUCGUCUAUAAUAUGACAUCGGCAGUUAGCUACUCUUACAGACCAGCACUAGAAAAAUUUGGAAGAGAUAUCAAAAUAGUACACUUUAUUGGCACUUCGAAGCCCUGGCGGUAUAGUUACUACCCCGAGACUGGCACAUUAACGGCACCAGACGGCGGUAACUAUCACGCUGAGAGGUACAUCAAGGCAUGGUGGGAGACUUUCUACAAGAGGGUCAGGCCAAGAAUUGAGGAGGAACAGGGCAUCGAUUUGUCAGGAAAGUUCGGGAAGCUCCACCUUGAGGUGAGCCCUUCAGGUUCCCCCGGAGAAAGCUCCCCGACCGAGGACCCUCAACUCCAACAAUGGGAGAAGGGUCAAAUGGACUACCUUGGGAAAGACAGCUACCAAAAUAUUGAGAAGCACAUUGACACCGUUCUAAACGAUAAGAGUAAGUGAGUCAUCAUCCGAGUGGAGCGUUCAAAACCCAGCCGGCACCCGAGCCCAGCACCCACCUCCUUGGAGAAGCCCACCCACCUAUCUUAACCCAGGUCUGUACCCACUGAGAAGGUAACACCCAGAGCGAAUUCCUCCUUGAUGCAGCCUUGACUGCAGGAUCAUCCCAUAACACAAGACGCAGUCAAGAAAAACCGGUAAGAGAAAAAUCCACAGUUUCCCACAGCACUUGGUACUUAAAAUAUAAAUUACGACUUAACAGUGACAUGUAGAGUGGAUAUAGACAUUCCCUUCCAAUGACCAAUGACCCGGCUUCUCGCCUUGCAUAUUUAGAGGUGUUUCACGGUGAUGGUUUACUGUAAAAAAAUUCCUUUCAUCUCAAUUUGACCUUUGCCCCCCCCCUGGCUGCAUUAACUAAGGUCAAUAGUACAGUAUAAAGGCAGUGUACUUUUGGUAAUAAAAAUUUGUCAAAGACCUCACUUGGUGUAUCCCAAUAUGCAUCAAAUAAAUAACCUGUUAAAAUUUGGGCUCAAUUGGUCUUCAAAGUUGCAAUAAAACAAUGUAAGACAAAAACAGGUAUUGGGUAGAACUGUAUUUCACAUGCGCGUGAAAGCCUUUCUCAAAUUCAAAUUUGGGUAGCUAAAACUCUUUUUCUUUACUACAUACAUGUACUUUCAAAGGGGUUCAAUUCUAAAAAUAUUUUAUAAUAUUAACUGCUCUCAAGUGCUCUUCACCAGGUACAUCUAAGUGUGUUUAUCACCAUGAACUUUAGGAGUAAUUAUCGGAAGUACACCUUGCCUUUAAAACCUCGACAAACAGCCUCUUUAAAUCGUUUUUGCGUGGUUUUGAAAUCUAUUAAAUUUUCAAAAGGUUGGCGGGGGUCUUGCGACCUAUUUUGCUUAUUUUUUUUACUCCAUCGUUUUGAUUGCUUGAACCCAAAGAUUCUUUAAGUUUACUCUUAGUUAGAGAGAAGACAUGGUUUAUGCUUGUUGCUGUUGUAAACUGGUUAUUACACAAAUCUGCUUACUGUGAAACAGUUAAUCUGCUUACUGGUUAAUAGCUCUGUGAAAUUUGGUUAAGCUACUUGUUAAAAAAAAACGUGUAUUUGGGGUAAGGGUUAAAAACCCUGAUGACAAUUUCAUUUCCUUUUCACAAAAAAGUGCCAAUUUUGUUUUCCAGCCUCAGAUAUUAGGCUGGCACUUUUGAGACAAAUGCAACUAUUAUUAGAAGAAACCAUUAAAUCCUAACUUGUAAUUAAACAAAUCAAUAUAAUUAUGUAUUAUAGAAAUCUGUAUUAAUGUAUUGGCUGCAGAAAUAUUAACAUUAAAAUACAAAUUCUUGCUUAGCUCUCAUGAAUAUAUGAGUUUGCAAAAAAUGUGCGAGUAACUCAUGAAUGUAU